CAAAAGGAGUGGCGUUUAGGACCCCAAAACCAUUAAGAAUUAGCCCAAACGAUAAAAACAAAAAAUAAAAGAGAAAAAGGAGUAAAAUAAAAUAAAAUAUCGAGAGAGGAAGAAGAAGCAAAACAAAUCGAAAACCAAUUUCCUAAGGAAAAAGGAAGAAAUGGGGAGAGAGGUAUCAGAAAGCUGCAUCGAUAGCCUACUAACCGAAAUGGUUUCGACAUAUUGCAACCGUUUCUACGCCAAUAAGCCUGAGCUCGCCGCCCGUCGGAUCGAAGCCAUUGGAUAUCAGGUCGGCCACCAGCUCUCUGAACGGUACACAAUGGAGAGGCCACGCUUUAGUGAUCAUUUGGAGGCAAUAAAGUUCAUCUGCAAGGAUUUUUGGUCUGAACUCUUUAAGAAGCAGAUAGACAACUUGAAGACAAAUCAUAGAGGUACCUUUGUAUUGCAAGACAAUCAUUUUCGCUGGCUUACACGCAUGUCAAUUGAUCAAUCACCUGAAAAUGGAGCAUCCGAGGAGCCUUCUAUCAUGGCUGACAACAAGGCUGUGCAAAGCAUGCAUCUCUAUUUUCCAUGUGGAAUCAUCAGGGGAGCCCUUUCAAACUUGGGGAUACCUUGUGCCGUUUCUGCUGACAUAUCCAACCUUCCUGCAUGUUCAUUUGUGGUCCGAAUAAAGGCUUGAUGAGCAUAUUACCAGAAAUGGGGCACCAAUUAUUGGGGCUAGUUUAAAAGAAAAUAUCUUCUACUUCUGCAUGAUAACAACUCAGUUUGAGAACUACCAUAGUCCCAUUCAGAAUAUCAGAAGUGGUACAAGAAAUAGUUUUGAAGAAACUUAUGUGACAAAUCGACUUGGAACUUUUGUGUGUGGAUAUUGUUAAACCUUCGUCGUUGAUAAGAUUGCUUUGUUGAAUUCUUUUCUGCGCAUUUAACUUUGACAUUGAACAAUGCCCUUCACGUGUUGAACUGACAUUUUAUUGAACAAUGGUUUUGAAGAACAAUGCCCUUUUUUAAUCUGCAGCUGCUUUUGUUAA